UCAGGUUUUCUGACACGGAAACGGAUUGUGUAUCAGGAGCGUAGUACGAUCAGUGAUAGUGCAGUUUAGGAGUUUAUAUUCUUGCCUAGAAACUUGUUCUAGAAACUUUUUUAUUCAUUUUAGACCGUCAACAAGCUGGCGAACACUUGACAGAUCACACAGAGGUGUAGCCUAUUUGCCAGUUUAUCCGCCGGUUUGUUUUUUUCUCAAAAACGAAGGUGAAUUGAGGAAGGCCCGUCAAACCAUGGCUGAAAAUAUGGACGAGGAUAUCUCGGAGGAGCCUUUGCCUCUGCAGCAGGACCUGACUUGCCCCGUGUGUCAGGGCAUCUUCCAGGACCCCGUGCUGCUGACUUGUACGCACAGCUUCUGUCGGGAGUGUCUGCAGAGAAGUUCAGAGUUUAACAAGUCGUGUCCCGUGUGCAGGAGGAGCUUCGAGGAAGGCCAGGCCAUCUCUAACCGUGCGCUCAGCGGCGCCUGCGAGACCUUCCUUAAACAUUCAAACUGGCGGCCGAGCCAGAAACGUCCAUGUGAGGACACCUGUAACAUGCACCUGAAGCCGCUGGAGCUGUACUGUGAGAAGGACGAGGAGCCCCUGUGUGUGGAGUGUGUCCCCCUCCACAACGUACACAGGCUGUUAUCGCUGAGAGAGGGAACGCAGUUGUGUAAGAAGGAGCUCGGCUUUAAAGUUCAAAUUUUUGAAAAGAAAGUUGACGCAUACAAGAAAAUGACCCUUAAACUCAACAACACAAUGGAAUACAUCAAGCAUCAAGCUGGGCAGGCAGAGAAACAGAUCAAGGCAGAGUUUGAGAGGCUCCACAAUGCGCUAAUCACAGAAGAAGCUCUGCGUCUAAAAGCCCUGGCUACUGAGGAGGAGCAGAAGAUCACUGCCAUACAGGAGCUGAUUGACAACACAAAAAGGGACAUUGUCAUUCUGAAGGAGUUCAUCGAUAAUCUGAAGAAAGAGAUGGGCAACGAGGACCUACCCCUCCUGCGAAAUUUCCAGAGUUUAAAACAAAAAUCCCAGUGGACUAAUGAAGAUCCUCGCAUCCCUGAUGACUCUCUUUUGAACAUGGGCAAACAUGUUGGUGCUUUGAGCUUCAACAUCUGGAAGAACAUGCAAGCCCAUGUCAAAUAUUAUCCAGUGGUGCUAAACCCAAACACAGCAUCUCCGUGGCUGUCCUUGAAUAAUGACCUGACCGGCGUGAGUGAAAGCUCAGAGCGGCUGACUGCCCCUGACAACCCCGAGCGCUUUGAUCCCUGUGUCUUCGUCCUGGGUGCUGAAGGUUACACCUCUGGGAAACACAAAUGGGAUGUCAUGGUGGGUGACAACCCCAAGUGGAUUGUGGGAAUAUGCAAUGAGUCAGUGGCCCGUAAAAGGAAAUUUACGGUAUCUACAAACCGUGGUGUGUGGUCCAUAGGACUCAGCAAAGGCGUGUACACUGUCCUGACACCUCAGCGUACAACACUGCAGGUGCAGCAGCGUCCUGAAAGAAUUCGUGUCAAGCUAAAUAUAGACAAGGGAGAGGUGUCAUUUUGGGAUGGGGGAACAGCACAGCACCUGGUUACUCUUACACACAAGUUUGAGGAGAAGAUGUUUCCUAUUUUUGGCCCCGGGCUUCAUAUUACACCUAUGGUUCUGGUUGCAGGAAAAAUGGCAGUACACACAUCAUGAUGUGCCAGGAUAAUGCAAAAGGAUGGUUGUUGCCCUAAAGAUGUAGGAUUGUAGAUGAGAAUAUUUUUAAAAUAAAAGCUUUAUAAAGGUAAUACAAAAUCAACACUUCAACAAUCAAACAGUGAUGUUACAAAUGUGUGUAGAACAUCAAGUUAAAGUUUAAAAUCAGCCAGUGAGAUUAAAUGUAAUUAGAAUAUAAACAUAUGAAAUAGGAUGUAAAAAAUACACAUUAGGUACAUAACCUAAAAGUUUUACAAAAAAUAAUUUUAAGAGAAGGUUGAAAUGAUGAGACUGACAAAGAUAAUGUCAUAAAUGUAACUUGGAUCAUAAAGCAUGCAGGUAGCCAGUGAAGAAAGGGCUAGGACAAGGUUAAUGUGGUCUCUGAGAAAACAUGACUGACUUUCUCAGGGGCCAAGACCAAAUUUUUGUAGAUGUGCCUUAGCUAAAGAGAAACUGGUUUGACCAGUCACUUGACUGUGAAGAGACAGGCUAGAAUAUAGGGUCAUGGUUAUCUUUGUUAUCUCCCUUGGGAGAAAUUAAUUUGUUUUAAGAAUCACACCCUCACUGCCACAGCAACAACACAAUUUAAACACAUCACAACACAAUAAAAAUAAGACACCUGUUUGUAUAGUCCAGAUCCAGCUAUGUACCACCUGAUCUGGAACUUAAGUGGAAAAUAUGACUAAAAAUAAUGCAGUGGAAUUACAAGAUGGCUUGGCAACCCAGCCUUAUUCCAGUAAAUCGGGAGAUCAUCUAAAAUUUACAGUGUGACUUUUGAAGACGGUCAUUCCUAAAUUUAAUAGACAGUGUGACAAAUGAGUGCUUAUAAAAAAAUGACACAGAAAUAAGAGGCAGCAUGGCUGAUGCUGGUGAUCAGUACUAAUGAAGAGAUGGAUUAAAGCAUUUCUGUGGACUCAUCACCUAGCUGGGGGAAACCAGUGACACCCAGCUCUUAAUAUCUGAGAGGUCAACAUAAAAAAGGUUGAGUGUUAAGGUAAUAAUGCAAGUUGCCUGUUUCUGUAGCAGUGGUGCCUGCAGAAAAUCUUAAAAGCUAUACAGCAUAGAGGAAUUUCAGGUAAUGCACAUUAAUAGAAAGGUAGCGAUUUCUAUAUUAUAAUGUAAAAUAAGUUCCAUAUGUUUAAUUCCUUAGCUGAUCUCAAGUGAAUAUCAUUAGACUGAUAAUUUGCAUGAGGUCAUCCAAGGAGUUAAUUAUCAAUUUCAGUUUGAAUACAUCAUCAAAAAAACAAAGAAAAAAAUCGAUGUGUGGGUUGCUUAAGCUUCACUGUUAAUUAUUAGUUGAUAACAAAUGAUUCACUGAUGUCCAGCACAUCACAUUUUAUAUUAUAUACAAGUAUCUUCCAUUGUUUGAAUCAUAGUCUUGAACCAAAAUUGUACUUCAGUUUUUGGAAUUUUAAGAAGGUGGCAUGGCCACCUCUUGGGGACACCAUUGUUCUGUAUCUACUCUUGUCUCUGGCAGUUAUUUAUCUUUGCAUACAAGUGGCAUGAUAUUUUUGAUUUUAGAUUUUGAUGUGAUUGUCAGAAAUCUUAGAGUUCUUAUGCUUGGCACUAUGUGCUUUAUAUAGUUACUAUUAUAUAAUUGUGUUGCAUUAAUUAGGCGUUUUAAUAAACUACUGAUUCAUUGGUUUUGUAUGGGGUUGCUGUUCAUUCACUUCUCAGUGGUGUCAGGUAGUACUCAAGUUCAGCAUGACACAGCUUAGCUUUGAAGUAGUAUACAGUGGGUACAGAAAGUAUUCAGACCCCCUUAAAUUUUUCACUCUUUGU